GUCAGUAUGAUUUCAAAUGAAUUUAAGGGUCACGUACCCAUAACAAAGAAAAUGAAGCGUAUUUUUAUGCACAUUCACAAUGAUUAUCGCAAUCGGGUGGCCAGCGGUAAGGAAAUUGGGGCCACUUCGGAAAAACAUUUUCCCAAAGCAUCACGUAUGCGUGAAUUAAUAUGGGAUAAUGAGCUAAUGUAUGUGGCCCAUAUACAUACGGCACAAACGCGAAUGGGCCACGACAAGUGUCGGGCAACGCAGCGUUUUCUCUUUGCCGGACAAAAUUUGGGCUGGAAAGGUACGGUAUGUUCCAUACCAAUUAUUGAAAUGUUAAAUGAAUCAUUACAUGAAAUGUAUAUGGAAAAGGAUGUUGUACCCGAUCCUGUGGCCAUGGCGGAUCUUUAUAAUGCACAAGUUAAAAACGCCCAUGUUGGCCACUUUACGGCAAUGAUGAACGAUCGCACAUCCCGCUUGGGCUGUGCCAUUUCCAUUGGUUUAAAUUGUAAAGCACCAAAUGUGGAUAAAGUAUAUCCUUGGUGUUAUUAUUUGGCAUGUAAUUAUGAUGGCACCAAUCUAUUGGGCAGUUAUAUUUACAAAACAGAUGCCGAGCAAUCGGCUUCACAGUGCUCAGACUGGGGAGUGGGCAAGAGUUCUGUGUAUGAACAUUUGUGCGGAAAUUCUGGUGAGAUAUUUGAUCCAACAAAAAUGCCUUGA